AUUGCCUUUUUUUUUUUUUUUUUUUUUUUUAAACAACUUUAAAAAAUAAUGUGCAGAUAUCUAUACCUUAAAAUAUUUAUCUACUUCAAAAAAAAAUGAUGGGGCAUUCCGAGAAUUGAAUUCGGAACCUCUCGCACCCUAAGCGAGAAUCAUACCACUAGACCAAAUGCCCAAUUGUUGCUUAUUUUUCAGAAAAUUAGUUAGUUAUAUAAACUAAAGUUUAUCAUUAAUUCGUGUAACACAAAGUUCAAAAAUCCUAUUUUCAUACUCUUCGCUACCAAAUUAAAAGUUCCUCAACAUUUCUCAAUUUAUGGGCUUUCGUUUGAACUUUGAAGUUGAACUGAUUUCGAGCUGUUGCAAGAGUUAGAUUGUUGAUUGGUUCUGCGAUGUUGAAGACUGUAUUUGGCGAACUGUUUAGUAAAGGAGUGCACAACAAUGGAGGAAAUAAAGCUAUGCAUUGUUUGUAUAUGAUGACGAAUAACAUUCACACUGGACAGUCCCACUGUUCUCCAAGGAGCUUCUUUGGGGUGGAAGAUUACCUGGAUGAUAAUAAUAGUCGGCCAUAUACAUACCAGAAGGAGAAGAAAUCAAAGAAUCCACAAAAGCACAUAUCAUUUAAGCAGCGGACAAUUGCUUUUAUGGAACCUUUUACCCUAGAUGUAUUAAUCUCAAAGCGAUUUGUUCAGGCUUCUCUUACUCAUAGAGUGACAUGUAAGCAGGUUGCAGUUUCUGGUACCAACUCCAAGGAUAUUAAAGCUGCUCUCAAAUCCCGAUGUGAUAUACCUGCUUGUUUGGCUGUUGGUAGGAUUUUAGCUGAUCGGGCAAGAGAAGCAGAUGUUUAUACAGCUUCUUACACCCCAAGGGCUAGAGACAAAUUUGAAGGGAAGAUUAGAGCGGUUGUGCAGUCUCUCAUUGAUAAUGGCAUCGAUGUCAAAGUCUAUCUAGACUGAUUGUAUACAGUGUUAUCAAAUCUUAGUGGCUGAUUGUAUACAGUAUAAGACUUAAUGGCUGUUUUUUUGUUACUUAGCCUUGGAUUGUGGUUGGCUA